AUGCAUUUAAAUCAAAUAGUCUCAAAUUUGUCUACAUCAACAAUACACUUUAAAAAUAUAACUAUUUUAUUAGCCAGAAUAUUAGCAGCUAAACCAUACAGUGCUGACGUAGAGCGUUUGAUUAGUGCAAGCAAUUUAUUAAAAUCUCCAAUGCGUUCAAGAAUGUCGUUAGAAACAGAAAAUAUGUAUUUAUUCAUUAAUUAUAACAUGCCACCAUUAUAUGAUUGGAAUCCAAAAGAUUUGGUUAACUAA